ACUUUUUGUUCUUCUCCCGAGACGAUAAAACCCUCUGGCUGACUAACAUACACUUCCUCCUUUAAUUCUCCAUGAAGGAACGCGGUUUUAACGUCAAUGUGGUGUAUUCCCCAUCCAUAUGUUCCAGCUAGUGCGAUGAUCAGAAUAAUAGUCUCGAUUUGGGUCAGCAGAGCAAACACUUCAUCAUAAUCUAUGCCAUGACGUUGAACGUACCCCUUGGCUACUAACCGAGCCUUUUAUCUGCUAAUGGUUCCAUCAGCGUUACGUUUGAUUUUGAAAACCCACUUUAGACCAAUGGGUUUUAUUCCCUGCAGGAAGCUCAACAAGAUCCCAAGUAUUGUUUUUCUCUAUUGAGAAAAUUUCAUCUUUGAACGCAUCAAUCCAAACUUUCAGCUUCUUAGCUUCAUUAAAGUCCCAUGACUCGUCGUUAAUGAUCAUUAACAGAUGCUCACUUUCUUCUUCGGUGAUCAGGACGUAGUCAUCGAGAUAUGAUGGUUUAUUUGAUGCUCUUGUUGAUUGCCUUGAUUGAGUUUGAUCCUCAUCUUCAUUGUCGUCAUCAUUAUCUUCAACUGCAUCACCAUUACCUUCGUUUUCAAGGCUUCCGACAUCCUCUGAUGCAGAUGAGCUACCAUUCUCCUGAUCACCAUUUCUUAAUUGUUUCAAGUUCAACUCAAACUCUCCUGCAUCAAGUCCGUUUGCGUCAACCUUCCAGCCCGCGUUAGCUUGAUCACUCCAGUUCCAUUCACGUUCCUCCUUGAACAUGACAUCGCGAGACCUGACAAUUCGUUUGCUCAACAGUCGACAAGCCGGUAGGCUUUUGAUCCCGGUUCUGUUCCUAAGUGAACUAGAACUCUCGAUCGAUCAUCGAGUUUUCUCCUUCCUGCCGUCUCAGUUCGUGCAUGACACACACACCAGAAUACUCUAAGAUGAGAGAGGUUUGGUUUUCUUCCCUUCAGAGCUUCAUAUGGAGUUGAGUUCUGCAAUGAUCUUGUUGCAAAACGAUUAAUUAGGUAGGUAGCAUGUCGUAUUGCUUCACCCCAGAGAAAAUCCGGCAUACUCAUGUGUUUUAGAAUGCUUCUAGUCAUCUCUAAGAGUGUUCGAUUGCGUCGUUCUACCACUCUGUUUUGCUGAGGAGAAUAUGGUGCAGUCAAGUGUCGAUUCACUCCAUGUUUCUCGCAGUAGCUUUGAAAUUCUCGUGAAGUAAACUCACCUCCUUUGUCAGUUCUCAAAGUUUUGAGCUUCAUAUGUAUUUCUUGUUCCACAAGGUUUUUGAAGCGUUUAAACUUUUCGAAGGCUUCCCCCUUUUCUUUCAAGAGUAUAGUCCACAUAUAACGUGAGUGUCAUCGAUAAGAUCGAAUACAUAUCUGCUGUGUGCUGGAGUCGAUGGUGAAAUAGGUCCACAAAGAUCAGCAUGUACUAACUCAAGGAUAUUCGUUGCUCGGAAAUGUGUUGCUUGUGGGAAGGGUUUCCUGGCUUGUUUUCCUUGUAAGCAUGAAACACGAAUUUCAGUAUCUCGGUUUAGGUUAGGUACUCCUUCGACGAACUCUUUAUUGACCAUCAUUCUCAUUGUUUCUUUGUUAAAGUGACCUAAACGGGCAUGCCACAAUGCGCCUCCUCCAGAUGCCUUGGCUUGUAGGCAUUGUAUGAUAUCAGCUUGUAACGUCACUUUGUACAUGCGGUUCUUGGUUCUUGUGGUUUUGAUCAUCGUGUAACCUUCACGAUCAAGCAAGGUUAACGUUUUCUCCUUCAUGGAAACUUCACAUCCUGCCUCAGUAGCUUGUCCCAAGCUAAUAAUGUUACUAUGUAGUCCCGAUAUGUAGUAAACAUCUCUUAGUACCUUCUUCUCACCACUCUUGAGGAUAAACCGUAUUGAACCCUUUCCCAUUAUCGAGAUUCUUGAGUCAUCAUCGAAUCGUACCAAUUUACCAAUCUGGUAAUUGUAUCAUCAAGCUCAAAGAAAAACUCUUGAUUACCACUCAUAUGGUUACUCGCACCGUUAUCAAUAUACCACACAUCCAUUGUAUAUGAUUAUGCCUCAAACUGUUUAGGUUUCACCUUGUUUCGUUCAAAUAGACUAUCUCAUACAUCAUGAGAGCAUCCGCUACUUGCGUAUCUUCAUCCUUCUUCUCUACGGUCUCUUGCAACCGUAGGGAUUUAUCAGGGAAAUCAGUGGCGUAAUGCCCUUGUUUAUCACACUUAAAACACGUAAUAUGGAAGCAUCUCCGCCUCGUCCUUGUUUAUAUGCUUCUCGUUGUUGUUGAAACGACCCGUGGCCGCGGCCUCUACAUCUCCAAUUUGAUCUUCCUCUGCGACCUCGACCACAGUUGUUAUAGCCAUAUCGUCCGAAUUCGAAUCUGCAUUGGUGUACAUCAAUUUUUCAGAAUCUUCUUGUGUCUCUUCUUCAUCCUCUUCGCCAGCGAGUCUUUCUUCGUAUGAUUUUAGUCUUCCCACGAUAUCCUCAAAACUUGUUGUAUUGAGAUCCAGAAACUUGUUCGAGUGAUGCAACAAUAAGAAUAUAUUUCUUUCUCGGCAAGCUCUUUAAGAAUUUCUUAACAAGUUUUGGCUCCUCUAUCAACUCUCCUAAGGAGGCAGAUUUAGAGGAAAUUUCAAAUAAUUUUCCAACAAAGCUAUCGACCUUAUCUCCAUCUUUCAUUUUGAGUCUAUCAAACUCUGCCAUCAAAGUUUGUAACCUAGCUUCUUUCACACGUUCGGCUCCAAAAUGGCGUACCUUUAUCGCAUCCCAUACUCCUUUAGCUGUGUCGAUCUCACCAACUUGUAAGAUCAACGCUUCCAGUAUAGACUGUGUUAGGGGAUUUUUGUGUAGGCUCUUUGUGAGUACUACGGAAUGAUGGAUAAGCUGAUAGUUUGUAUAUAUUUCGUGAGAGUUUAAGAGGAUAAUAGAGAGAUAGGCUUGAAGAGACUUUUAUUAGAUAGAAUAAGCAAGAACAAGAGAGGUUACAAGGUAUCGGGUAAGAACCCUAAUUCUAGCCGUCUAAUUCUAGUCUCUAAGCCUUGGAAAAGUCGAUCCCUUGCAUUAGGGUUUCAGUAGUCCUUAUAUAGUCGUCUAGGAGUCGGUUUCCUUAGGUUAAACUCUUCCAUAUUCAAGAAUAUGGAAGGUUCUCCUUAUCGGAAGUUUUCCAUUCCCUGGAAGGGAGCUCGGUUUGAGGGACCAAACUCAGGAUUCCUUCUAGCGAGGACCUAGAAUGUUCCCUUAUCGAGGACCCGAGGGUCUGGAUCCUGUCUGGAGGCUGGAGGAAAUGAUACCAGAGUAUUUUUCCCCAACAGACUGGAAUAAGAACGCGAUAACCAUGUUAUUCUUCUUUUCGUCCUUGGUCCCGGGGUCUAUUACCUCCCAUACUUCACUGACCUUUAAUGCUAUUUUCAUUAUCAUGGACCAGACAGUGUAGUUAGAGGAAGUUAACAUCGGGAACUUGACAGCGGAGGGGCCGGUGUCUUUAUGUAACACAAUCACAUCUUUCAUGUCACUCAUUGUAUGUAAUCUUCAAGAAACUUUGUGUUAGGCUCUGAUACCAAAUUUAGAAUCACAAGCAAAGCUAAUAAGAAGUCUUCUCUUAUUCAAUAUCUCAAAGCUCUCAAAGCACAAAUCACAUAUCAAUAAUAUAUUAUACAACACAAUAUGCAUCUCCAUAUAUAUAACUAGACAACUCCUAGUUUCAAUAGUAUUAUCAUAAAUCAUAUUUUCUAAUCCUAAGGAUAACCACAAAUCAUUAAGGAAAAAUAAACUUGGAAAUCAAGCUUAUCCAACAAAAAAUAUACCAAAAAGUAGAAAACAAAUAUGUGACACCGAAAUACAUAACACAAAAAGAGUUAAUACACUCCACCAUUCGAGUAUCCAUUUUCAGGUAGAAUAUAAAAUCCGAUAGGGUAACAUAACCAAACCCGAUCCAAACUGAUACUUUGGGUUUGGAUUGUUGGAUCUAUAUUUUUUUUUACCCAGGCCUGGGUACACCUACUGAUCAGAUUGCAAACGAGCAAGGAAUAUGAUAAAAAGAGAUGGUCUCGUAUAAUAGGGCUCACCAUAUAACUGAUUUCAUGUUAAUUAAUAUAUUUCUGACUAACUACUAAAGUUUAAAAUUGAUUACUCCACCCAACUAGUGCAAAAUUGAAACAUAGUCCCUGUCACAGAUAAUUAAAGGAGAGAGUUUAACUGUGAAAUGUCCAUACGAUGCAACAAACUCUCCAAUAUGGUUACAAGAGUUGCUUUUAUAGUGGUUCGAUACUUGGAUUUGUUUCAUCUGUUUACUUCUCUCUUACAAAAAUUUUGAUAUAUUAAAGUUUAGAUUUUAGAAUUUUGAUUUUGUAUCUAUUUUUUCUAUCGCUUUAUCCAUUUCAAAAAUAUAUGAUCCCUAAGCUAAAAGGGCACAUGCUAAAAACUAAUUAAAACUGAAAACUGCAUACUAAAACCUAUCAUAAAUUAUCAGAAUAACUUUAUAGUUUGCAUGACAAGUGAAAUAUCACAUUCCUCCCUUUUUCCUCCAAAUGAUUCACUAGUUCAAUACUUAAUUUUGAAAAUGAUACGUUUCAUUGGUACAACUUCCAUUGAUUCUAUUUCAGUUUUUUUUUUUAAAGAUUAGACACACGUUACAUGGAAAAUCAUACAGACUAACACAACAAAAUAAUUGAGUUCCAGACAUUAUUUGCAUUAAACAAAGAGUGGAGUCAUGUUCCGGACUUCGUUGAUAGUCACGACUUGACAACCACGCACUUAGAAUAUUAAGUGUUACUUAUAAAUAAACAAAUACGAAGUUUCUUCAACUUCAAAUCACCAAUAAGAGUUGUAAUGACGCUAGCCAUAUAACUCAUUUUGUAUAAUCUCCUCAUUACAAGCGAUCAAACAAAGGUCAACAUGUAUCACAAAUUUCAGAUCUCUGGCAAAGUCUUCAUGGCUUUGGGUUUGAAGAUGAAGAUUCUGAUAACAGUCCUCUUUAGUUGUGUACUAAUUUGGUCUACAAUGUUACUAUCAUCCUCAAACAACAACUUCAAGGACCAGUUUCUUGAUAAUACAACCAGCGAUUCAAAGGAAACACCGAGAGAUACAUUGUUAGGUGGCCUUUUAACCGCUGAUUUUGAUGAAGGUUCUUGCUUGAGUAGGUAUCAUAAAUCUUUCUUGUAUCGCCAGCCUUCCCCAUACAAGCCUUCUGAAUAUCUAGUCUCUAAGCUUAGAAGCUAUGAGCGGCUGCACAAACGUUGCGGUCCAGACACAAAUGCUUACAAGAAAGCCACAGAAAAUCUUGUUCGUGACGAGAAUUAUGCAAGCAAAUCUGUUGGUGAAUGCAGAUACAUUGUGUGGGUCGCAGGUUACGGGCUUGGAAACCGAAUGCUAACUCUUGCUUCUGUGUUCCUUUACGCUCUCUUGACAGAGAGAAUCAUUCUUGUUGACAACAGCAAAGACGUUAAUGAUAUCUUAUGCGAGCCGUUUCCAGGUACUUCAUGGUUGCUUCCUCUUGACUUUCCUUUGAUGAAUUAUACUUAUGCUUAUAGCUACAACAAGGAGUACCCUCGUUGCUACGGCACAAUGGUGAAAAAUAAUACCAUCAACUCGACUUCGAUCCCGCAUCAUCUAUAUCUUCAUAACCUCCAUGAUUCAAGGGAUGAAGAUAAGAUGUUCUUUUGCGAAAAAGAUCAAAGUUUGAUCAACAAAGUCCCUUGGUUGAUUAUUCAAGCCAAUGUCUACUUCGUUCCAUCUCUAUGGUUUAAUCCAACGUUCCAACCCGAACUGAUGAAGCUGUUCCCGCAGAAGGAUACCGUGUUUCACCACUUGGCGCGUUAUCUUUUUCACCCGACGAAUCAAGUUUGGGGUAUGAUCACUAGGCACUACCAUGCUCACUUAGCAAGAGCAGACGAGACACUCGGGAUUCAAAUACGGGUUUUCAGAAAAGACGCUGGAUAUUUCAAACACGUCAUGGACCAGAUCGUAAGUUGUACACAAAGAGCAAAACUGUUGCCUGAACUGGCCGCACAAGAGGAAACACAAGCCAACAUGACCUAUACCCCGAAGGUUAAAGCUGUUCUUGUCACAUCUCUGUAUCCAGAGUACUCUGACAACUUAAAGAACAUGUUUUGGGAGAGACCAAGUUCGACAGGAGAGAUUAUUGAAGUUAGUCAGCCAAGUGGAGAAAGGGUUCAGCAAACAGACAAGAAGCUUCACGACCAAAAGGCGCUUGCGGAGAUGUAUCUUCUGAGCUUAACCGAUAACAUUGUCACAAGUGCAUGGUCUACAUUCGGAUAUGUUUCUUAUAGUAUUGGAGGAUUAAAGCCAUGGUUGCUUCAUACGCCAAGGGGUAACAAAACUCCUGAUCCACCGUGUGUUCGGUCCACGUCGAUGGAGCCUUGUUACCUGACUCCCCCGUCUCAUGGAUGUGACGCUGACUGGGGAAAAAACUCGGGCAAGAUUUUUCCCUUUGUUAAGAGUUGUGAGGAUGUUGUAUAUAGUGGCCUCAAGCUACAUGAUGAAUUAUAAAUCUUGUUUAUCACAGCUCAUUUCAUUAGAUUGCUGAGUUAUUGAAACCAGAGGAGAAAUGUUAUAUCUAUCUAUAUUCAUUCAAAAAAAAAUGUUAUAUCUAUUUUUGUUUUCAUCUAUAAUAAUCAUCAUCCCUAAUGUUCAGCUUU